CCGAGCGUCCGGAAGUGAGUGCGGUCCCCGCCCCCGCGAGUGCGGAAGUGAGUGUCGCUCGUGCCCUCAGUUCGCUGGGUGGGUUUCCGGGUCCCUUGGUCGCGGCGCUGGCGCGGACUUCCACUCGUCCUCCAGUAUCCUGUUGACAGUGGUGCCAGAACAUUCCGGGAUGUACAUGCAGGUGGAGGUGCAUACAAGCUCCCAUCUCCACCUGAAGAGGGCUCCGGGCAUCAGGUCCUGGUCGCUUCUGGUUGGAAUCCUGUCCAUCGGCCUGGCCGCUGCCUACUACAGUGGAGAUAGUCUGGGUUGGCAGCUCUUCUACGUCACAGGCUGCCUGUUUGUGGCGGUACAGAACUUGGAGGACUGGGAGGAAGCCAUCUUCAACAAGAGCACUGGGAAAGUCAUUCUGAAGACCUUCAGCCUGUACAGGAAGCUGCUGACCUUUUCCAGGGUAGGCCAUGAACAAGUGGUGGUCCUGCUGAGUGACAUCCGGGACGUGAAUGUGGAAGAGGAGAAGGUCCGGUACUUCGGGAAGGGUUACGUGGUGGUGCUGCGAUUUGCAACAGGUUUCUCACACCCCCUCACCCAGAGCGCGGUCAUGGGCCACCGAAGUGACGUGGAAGCUAUUGCUAAGCUCAUCACCAGCUUCCUGGAGCUGCACCGCCCAGAGAGCCCCAGGGACCUGUCUCAGAGCAGCGACAGUGAUGCGGACGCGGGGGGCCGCAGUUGAUGUGACCCAGGCCUCCACCGCGGCAACACUCCUCCCCACACACCUGCAUUGCCCAGCGCCAGCCCAUCUUGCUGUUUUCCUCUAACACACUCAGGGACCUUGUCUGCAGCCUCCCGAGAGGGGGACAUCUGCAUGGUGUGCUAUGGAGGGGGGCUGCCCCUGGGGUGUCAGGGGGGUCUAGGAUCAAUCCUCCUCCCCUGGUGAAAACAUCAUCUCAGAAGCUCAAAUCGGCAGUCAGUGGCGGGGCCUUGAGAUGCUGCCUGGCUCCACAGAUUGGACUUGGCCCCAUGGCCGGGGGGCUUGAGCCUCUGCGGGCAGUGGGCAGCCAGGCUCUCUCCAGGGAACAUCUGCAGCCAAGAGGCCACGUCACAUGGGGAGUGGUGGUGGCAAGAUUCCAGGUCUCUCAGUGGACACGGAUGGCCUGCAGUGUGGCCUCAGAAAUCCCAGCAGCACCCCCCCUCCCCGUGCAGUGCCCCUUUCCAGCUGGAUGCUUGGCCCUCAGGAACCCCGGAAGGCCUGGCAGCUGGUGGGGCUGGGAUGCAGGUGUGCUGGCAUCAGGGCCACGGUGCAGCAGCACCCUACCAGUGCCAUAUGGAACCACAGGACCACGUGUGGGCUGUGAGCCUUGGAACCGUCCUACUCCACUCUCGGCCUAGGUCAUUUUGCCUCUGUGGCCUUGAGCAGCGUUUGAGGCUUAAGAGCUGUGAAAACCCUGGUUUCCAGCUUGUCUUGAACAACAAGUCUGGGGUUUUUGCUCAGCUGCCCCUUGGCAGGGCUCUGGGGCUACGGGUGCCCCCCGUCCCAGCCCUGUGCUCACUCUGCUGGUUUUCUUACUUCUCUGAACUCAGGACCACACAAAGGCUGCCUCCCUCGUCCAGGGUGACAUGCCUGCCCUGGUCAGAGAGCUGGGGCCUCCUGGUUGGCAUUGGCCUCCCAAGGCCCCUGAUCAGGUCCAAGGCUGUCCCAGGCCUCACACUUAGGGCCUUGGAAGGGUGAGGUUUUGCCCCAUGGUUCUGAGGGGGCAGUGAGAUGCUUCCUAUCUUGGGGAUUAGGUGUAGCUACUAUGGGGAGAGGGUAGACCCCAGGGGUGCAGAUCUAGCAGCUGGAUGGCUCUGAGGAGCGGGAGGGAAGACCCCCCUUCACCUUGGGUAACAACACCAACCAGCUUAGUUUGGGGACCGGGACGUUUAAACAUGCCAAAGUUUUUUUUAAAUGGUUAAGU